AUGUCUUCCACUCCGGGUGAAGCGACUCGUACUCCGACUUCUCUAUCGACAUCGCCAUCCGAUCCCCAGAACGAGCAGCACCAACAGCAUCUCCCACCCUCCACAUCAGCUGCAACUACCUCCGCACCAUCUCAAUCCAUCCCCACCGCUCAACCAGGAAGCCUACCUUCAGUUCCAGCUCCAACGGGAAUCCCAGCACCGGAAGAGCCAACACUCCAACCCACCAAAACCACCGACCCGACCACCAGCAGCAGCAGCACCUCGCCUCCCGCUCCCCGGCCCGGCGCUCAACCCGAACCGCUACCUAUAUAUCCUAUCGACUCCUCGACAAACCCUACAUCUUCCCCUAGUCAAGGAGGGCAUGGGCAGCCUUCAGCGAUUCCUCCACCCCCUAAAGCCGGCGAUGGACCGCCAAAUCCGCAGCCCGGCGGUGUCCCUCUACCAACACCCACGGCGGCACCCAUAGCACCUCCUCUCCACAACAGCGCCAGUAGUACCCACAGUUACAUGAACAGCUAUCCUCCUCCUCCUACCGCUGCUGCUAACAACACUACUCCUACCACCUACCCAUCUCAUCUCCAACAAUCCCCCAACGCCACGACCACCCCUUACGCAUCCGUCUACCAAGCUCCUACGCCCGUCUCCAGCAGCCUCCCGCUACACCACCAUCCCGGCAGCACGGGGAUGGUCGACGCCGACGAAGGUAGUUCUUCCGUGUCUGGUUUCAUGGAAAGCGCCCGGUCGUGGGUUUCCAGUGCGGGGAGUAAACUAGCGGAGGUCGAGGCUGAGGUUUGGAGACGGAUUAAUGAUGCUCAUGAUAAGUGA